CUCUCUACAAUUUCAAAAUUUUUCAGUUAGUUCUAUGCGAGCAAUGAAGCUGUGUUUUGCCUUCGUUUUAUCCAUCACUUGCUUGGUUUUCGGCCAGAAGGCUCAACCCUGCAUCACUCAUGACUUUAAAAGUCUGGCCAAUUGUUAUGAACCAAAAUUUGCUCCACUCUUCGACAACAAGAGUGCUGAAUACAAGGCUGCUUUUCGUUCUUGCAAGGGAAACGCAGACACGACCAACUACAUGACCCAUUUUAUGUUGAGUAAGCUUUUCAACAAGAAAACAAAUAUCCUUGAUCUGUCCUUCAAAAAUGCAAAUGACCAAAUGUCCUCACAAAGCUGCGUCUACGAGUGUCUUAUGAUUCAAUUAGGAAUAUUAAAUGCUGAUGGGACAUAUGACGAAGCGGCUUUUGACGAAGCAGUUUUUAAUGACCAAGCUCAAGAUCCGUUUUGGAGCGAAAGAUUUGGAAUUAUUGAUCAAUGUCUGCCGCUGAUAUCAGAACUUAGUUUGCCAAAGAUUGCGUCCAAAAAUAAUAAGAAAUCGUGCGACCCGAAGUGGUUUCUGGCAACCCAGUGCAUCAUCCAGAAAUCGUGGAUUAACGUCUUAGAGGAAAUUUCUGUGGCAGAUCUAGAACCUUCAAACGUUUUUACAAAGUGGAAAAGCAACAAAAUGUGCAGUAAUUCUCUGCAAAAGCUUAAAGAAUGUAGCGCUGAGAAUCUAUACACAAGCACAAGGAUCAAAUUGCGACAGUAACUUUUCUCUUUAUCCUUUGAAAUUAAUUAAAUUAUUUUUGGCAAUAAAAAAUUUAAAAAAAAAAAUGGAAAUCUAUAAUGUCUCCCCUAUACUUAUUCAAAUUAUUUUGAAUCAAUCGGGAAACAAGUUUCUUCGAUUGGAAGAAAAUGUUAUAUAAUUAAAAUUUUGUACUGUUUGCCUGAUAAUCUGCUGAAAUUAUUGAACCGUUAAAUUUUGUAUUCAAUUAGUUUCGAAGCAAAAUUUUGGGUGAAAGUUAAAUUUCGAAAUG